CUUAAUCUGCAACCUAAUUAAGCCUUUGAUCGUCCCAUUCUCGUGUCUCUUGUCUAUCAUUGCAAAAAUGAGCAGGGAGGUUAUAAGCGAGGAGAAACCCAUGAAAGUUGGACCUUGGGGAGGACAAGGUGGAAGCCACUGGGACGAUGGAGUCUACACCGAUGUGCGGCAACUUUCAAUCACCCAUGGUCAAGGAAUCGACUCUCUUCAUAUUGAGUAUGUCGACCUUAAAGGAUCCUUCCUCUUUUCUGUUAAACAUGGUGGUAAAGGAGGCUCCAAAACUGAUAAGGUAAUUCUUGAUUACCCAAAUGAGUUCGUCACCUCAAUUCAUGGUCACUAUGGUAAUAUGAGCAGCGGUGGUCCUGUCUUCAUCCGAUCACUGACAAUAGAGAGCAACAAGAAAACAUACGGACCUUAUGGUGUUGAGCAAGGAACCAAAUUCUCAUUCCAAAUGAUGGGUGGCAAGAUCGUUGGGUUCCAUGGAAAGUCUGGAAUUUAUAUGGACUCCAUUGGAGUUUAUGUGAAGCAUUUUGACAAGCCUACUAACGACCCUCCCAAAGAUUUGGUCAUCUCUUCCACUGAUGAUCAUAAGUUGAUCACCUCUGCCACUGACCCUCCCAAAGAUUUGGUCUCUUCUACUGAUGAUCAUAACUUGAUCGCCACUGCCACUGCAAAGAUCAGCAACAGCAGCUACACCGCCAACCCUACAACUUCUCAUCAAACCCAUCUUAUUGUUCCUCUUUUCCUUAUGCUCUUUAUACCAGUGAUGAUUAAUCUGUAUGUAUCCCUAAUGUUGUGUAAAUUGUUAAAGGGAUUCUCUUAUUGAUAACCAUCAAAAGGUGUCAAAUAAUUUGUAUUUUUGUUUAUUUUUAUUCUUUUGACAUGAUACAUUUUUUUUCCCUUAAAAGGGUAAUACUGUUAUUUCACAUGUAUAUUAAAAAAAAAAUGUACAUAUAUGAUAAUGGCACAAUGAUAUGUCACUUUCUAAUUA